AUGGAGCCUAGCCGCGGCGCGGGAUGGGGCAUGACGGGGAUGGUCACAACAGAGUGGGGCCGGUGGAGGCGCGUCGCAGGCGCGAGCCUUGUGGUGGGCGAGGCGAAGCUCAGCGACUGGAUUAGCGACCUCAAGACUGACUCGUUCCACCUCGGGCUCAGCAGCGGCGACGAAGGCGACGCGCCAUCCACCCGUAGGACCUCGGUCGGCGCAUCUAGGGGCGGGCGAGGUGGGUGGGACUCCAGGGGUUCGUUCCCAAGGUCGAGGAUGUCCGGCGGUGAGUUUAGUGGCGAUAGGCGCGGUGGCUUCGAGCGGAGGGGGAGGGUGAUGAGUAGUGACCAGGAUGAUGAUGAUUUCAGUUCCUCGAGGGGAAGGCGGGGACGGGGUGAGAGGUCGUCGGGGUUAGUGAGAAGAGGAGGGAGGGGGAAUGGGUUCGAUGAGGAGGCCGCAUUUAGGUCUCCUAGGGGGCAGCCAAGCCAGCGUGGGAGGGGUUCAGGUGUGGCAAGAAGGGGAGGGAAGUAUAGUGACUUUGACCGAGAUGGUGGUGAUGGUGACACUGGAUUUGGGUCUUCAAGGGAAGGACGCGGUGCCAGUGGACAACUGUCUGGAUGGUCACAUAGAAGAGGAAGGGUGACUGAUUUAGAUGACGAUGAGGACAGUGAUGAUGAUUUGGUUGGGUUUGGGGAUCGUGAUGGAAAGCGACAUCAUGGUUGCAGGAGAGGGGGAAGGGAAGACACAGUUGGGUUUCGCCGAGGCCGGGGCAGGAGGGAUUUGGGUCUGUCGUGGAAGGGAGGGAGUUACAGUGAUUUGGGUGAUUAUGAUGGCGACAUCGGAUUAGGAUCCUCUAGGGGAAGACGCGACCGUGAUGGAAGGAUGUCUGGUCUUUCGUGGAGAAGGGGGAGGGGAAGUGAUUUAGAUGACGACGAGGAUGAUGAUGCUAGUCCUGAUGGGUUUGAGGGUUCUAGUGAUGAUGAUGAGGCGGGGGAAGUUGAUGAGGAUGAUGAGCCAUCAGGGUUCGAAGAUGAUCUUUUUGGUGACGAGGGUGUUAAGGAGGAUGUGGGACUGAUAACAAGUAAUAAGUCUGGCUCAUCUAUGUCAGCCAAAGAUGAGCCAGCUAAACAUGAAAGUGUACAGGGCAGACGAAGUACUAGGGGUGGUGUUUCUUAUCUGAGCCAGAAGAGGUAG